AUGGGAUUCCCCAUAGGCUACCCUGAAGUUUCCGUUCCCAACCUCUUCCUUCACCUUCUCUCUCUCCUUGCCUUUCUAAGAUCCCUAGCCAUAUCCUUUCUCUCUCUCCUCCACCUCUCCGACCUCCUCGACACCGGUUUCUCCUCCGCCACCUUAACGGAAUCACACUUCAACCGUCCUACGCUAUCCGCAACUCUCAUCCGCGAAUUCCUACCUGUCGUCAGUUUCCGUGAACUCGCCGGAGAUUCGAAACCGGUUGGAUGUGCGGUGUGUCUGGAAGAAUUUUCCGACGAGGAAGAGAUCAGGUGUAUGGCGAACUGUAGACAUAUUUUUCACAGGACGUGUGUGGACCGUUGGAUUGAUCAUGAUCAGAAGACGUGUCCGCUUUGUAGGACCCACUUUGUACCUUAUCAGAAAAUGGAAGAUUAUAAUCAACGGUUAUGGGCGGCUUGUGAAUCUGAAUGUGAAGAUGAUGAUGAUGUUUCUCUUUUUUCUCAACAGGAUGAUUAUCACUACAUUGCCACUGCUUCAAUUUGA